AGCCAUCAGUGUAUUUAUAUAUUCCGUGAGAUCAAACCAUAGAUUCUUUCAUUCAGCUCUGAUGGCUUCGUUCCAUUGCAAACCACCUCCCGUUCUGAUUUCUGCGGGCGGAAUUCCAUAAGGCCCUCCCCCCUCCCCUAUCCUCCUCCCCUUGCCACUCCAAUUCCUCUGCAAAAUUUUCUCAUGGCAGCCGACGUUUCCAUCCGCACUCGAUCCGCCUCAACCACCCGCUAAUUCCUCCUAGUUCUAGACUUCUAGUCUCCUCUCUCUCUCUCUCUCUCUCUCUCUCCUGCGCCGACUCAUCUUCAUCCUCGUCUCACCUCCCUGCUGCUGCUGACGCUGCUGCCGGCAAGAUCAAAUCGUUCAAAAGGGUUUUUCUUUUUCUUUUUGGGCGAUUUCGUGCUCAAAUUGACAUCUUCUAACCAGUCCAAUGCACUUUUCGUACCCGUGUACAAGACCCUGGAUUUCGGCGAAUUCUAGAUGGAUCAUGUGUUUUAGGUGAUUGGUGCUUUCGACCUCAUUAGUGCCUUUUGUUCAAUUGCUGGACCCAAGGAGCAGAGUUCUGUCGACAUGGCAUCUCCAAGAGGAAGGAUGUCAUUUCCCCUUCGUUCCUUUCUGAUGAUCUGCCUCAUGGCUCAGCUGGGAGCUUCCAAUGUUGUACUCAUGGCGAACAACACUACCCUGUCGUUCGACGACGUCGAGGCAAUUUUUACUCCAGCAGUGAAAGGUUCAGGUGUAAAUGGUGUCCUUUAUGCUGUGGAACCUAUGGAUGCAUGCAGUCCAUUGAAAACAAAAGCGAUAGGAGGCUCUGUCUCACCAUUUGCGUUGGUUAUAAGAGGCGGUUGCCAUUUCGAUGACAAAGUUAGAAAUGCUCAGAAUGCUGGAUUCAAGGCUGCUGUAGUAUAUGAUACUGAAGACAACGGUGUCCUUGUUUCAAUGGCUGGAAGCUCGUCUGGAGUCCACAUAUAUGCCGUGUUUGUCUCUAAAGCGUCAGGGGAGGAGCUGAAGAAAUAUUCAGGCCAAACUGACGCAGAGUUGUGGAUAAUACCAACAUACGCGAACUCGGCUUGGUCAAUCAUGGCAAUUUCAUUUAUAUCACUGCUUGUUAUGUCUGCUGUCCUAGCCGCGUGUUUCUUUGCGAGGAGACACCAGAUAAGACGGGACAGGGCUCGACUUCCCCAAACUCGGGAGUUCCAUGGAAUGAACAGCCGGUUAGUUAAAGCAAUGCCAAGUCUUAUUUUCACGAAAGUGCAAGAAGACGACUGCACAUCAGCAACAUGCGCCAUUUGCUUGGAAGACUACAGUGCUGGAGAAAAGCUAAGGGUUCUACCUUGUCGACACAAGUUCCACGCAGCCUGUGUGGACCUAUGGCUCACCUCCUGGAGAACAUUCUGCCCCGUAUGCAAGCGGGACGCGAAUGCUGGAACACCAGACCCCCCUGUAUCAGAGUCGACGCCUUUGCUCUCAUCAUCCGCCAUUCGCUUACCAGAACCAACCGCUUCGGCUUCCUUCCGGUCUACAGUGGCAGCAGCAGCGUCUCCCCCCAGGCCAAUCAGCCGGCAUCCGUCACCAUCACGGUCCAUAUCCCGCAAGCACUCCGUUUCGGGUUCCAGCAUCCCUGGCACCCCUAUCCCCAGGUUUCAUGCAAGCUCAUCAUCUCCUACCUGCACAAGUGGAAGCAGUUUGGACCUCGCAAACAUGCCGUCGUCUCCAUGGCCUCGCGCUUCGCACCUUGCAUCUGCUCACUCUUCGUGCGGUGGCCGCCUGUCCCCGCCGAUCCACAUCAGGAAUACCUCUGCAGCGCACGUCUCGCGCUCUGCCUAUGGAUCUCCCAGCCGUUACGUAGGCUCGUCGCACAUGUCCCGUGGAUCUCCGAGUUGCUACUACCUUGGAUCUUCUUCAGGGCAGCAGCAUCCUUACCUGAGGCACUGCACCUUGUCAGGCACGAGCCUGUUCACCAUGGUGCCCCAAUCACCGCAACAGAACCAGCUGCAGCACGGUGGAGACUCGGAAAAAGAUCUGUCAGCUGCUGCACCAUUCCGUCAGCUCUACUACCUGCAGCAUUGUCCAGAUUCUGGCACGUCGUCUCAGUCGCUUCCAGGGUGCUGAUUCUUCAUUCUUGCUGCAAAAUUCACCAUUUUAACAUUGAUGGUGGCUCCAGUAAAGCUCCCGGCCGUGAGGAAUCUUACAUGGCACCGAAUUGACAUGUGGAUUUGAGCUCCUCAGUUCACCAUGAUGAUGAGAGAAAAAAGGUGCGACAGAAUUGCUUGUAAGAAGAGAGAAUUGCACCCCCCAGAAUGUGUGGCUUCAUCUUGAAGAAGCAAAUGCCCAUGUCGGGUUUCACCAGCGUUUAGCGUGUACUGAUACAGCUCUGUAGUAAUUCUAGUUGCUGUUUGUCUAUCGAGGUUUGAGCCGGUAGCAUUCCUUCCUCUCUUUUUUGUUUUCCUAAUUUUGAAUUAGUUAUAUGACAGACAAGGUUUUCAAGAAAAGAAAUAACAAGUUUUACCCCUGCAUUUUUACA